AUGUCAGCGGAAAGCAGUCCGGAAAAAGAGCCAGAACAGAAGAAAGCUAGAUGUGAGUCUGAAAUCGAAAAACUCACAAAAUAAUUAUGAGUCUUGAUUAAAAACAAUUUCAGUCUCCGAAGAACCGGAAGAUACAGAAGAUUCUGAAGUUUGCGAGGUUUCCGAUGAUGAUAAAAACGAAGAGAAAGACGGGUCAUUCGAGAUUGUAGGAAUUAUGAAUUAUAAGAAAACUCCAGGUUCUUUUCCGAAAGAAGUUGCGAAUUUGAUGUAAAACGAAGAAUUUCAGAGUCCGACGAGGAGACUAUGAAGAAGUUUGCAGAAAUCACCAAUACCGACGAGAUUCUGGCUCAAUCGAUUCUCCAGGACGUUGAUUGGGAUCUGAAGAAAGCGUUGGACGUCUUCUACGGCAGCGAAGCGUUCAAAGACGCGAGAACCGAAGCCGUUAUGGGUCCGUCUUCGUCGUCAAACGGUCCGAAGGCUUCACCAAUGACUGCCGAUGAUUUGAAGGUAUUUGAAAAACAUUUCAAACAUAGGUGCGAGAUGUUUGAGAAACGGCAAAACAUGUUUCCGACCUGCCAAAUUUUCCUGUCCCAAACUGCCGGCGCUCAACUCAAAGCACCUAUGAUUUCAAAACGAAUUUUGGUUCUGCAGGGCUUCGAGAUCAGUGUGAUGUCGUGGAAUAUCGAUGGCUUGGACGGAAGAAGUCUGCUAACGAGAAUGAGAGCCGUGGCGCAGAUUGUGAAGACGUGAGCUAUUAGAUUUCUCCGAGCAUUUCAAAGAAUACUCUUUUCCAGCGUGAAUCCCGACGUGCUCUUCCUGCAAGAGGUCGUCGACCGUGACCUGGCUCCGAUCGACAAGCUCCAAUCGCUCUACAAAAUCUACUACUCUAACAAGGGCUGCCAAUACUACACGGCGAUUCUCGUGUCGAAAAUGUUCGACGUCGAGAAGCACGACGUGAUUCACUUCCAGAAUUCCGGAAUGUACCGUACCCUUCAAAUCCUCGAGGGCUCCGUCGGCGGCAUGAAAGUCUUUCUGCUCAACACUCACUUGGAAUCGAUGAAAGAGCACCGGAACCAGAGAAUUGCGCAGUUCGCGUUUUGCAUGGACAAGUGCCGCGAGUUGGUCGAAACCAAUCCCGGAUGCUUCUUGUUUUUCGGCGGUGACUUGAACUUGCGCGACGACGAAGUCAACGGAGUGCCGCCCACGCUCAAAGAUGCGUGGGAGUCGGCCGGAAGCGAUGCGAAGAACAGGUUCACGUGGGACACAAGACAGAAUGACAACAAGCAAGGGUUUUUCAACGCUAGAUUGAGGUAAAAACGGCAAUUUUAUACCAUUUUGCUGAGAAAUCAUUCAGAUUCGACCGCAUCUUCUGGCACGCACCCAUCAACCAGGUCAAAUUUUCUCUGGAAGGCCGUCAACGCAUCCGCUCGUGCCUCUGCUUCCCCUCCGAUCACUGGGCCAUCAACGCAACGUUCUCCGCUGUCUGA